CCGAGGAAAACAUUAUUAUAAUAUAAUCAAGAAUAUUAAAAUAUGUAUAGGCUAUAGCUUACAAUCAUCAUAAUACAUGUAUGCAAAACUAACAAGAGCAUUCACUCUAUAUAAACAAACUUCCUUCCUCUCUUACCAAUCACAACUACACAACCAAAACACACAUUUUUCUUAGUAACAAAAUAUUAAAUGGCGAAAGACGCCGAAGGAGCAGAGGGAUUCACGGCGAGGGAUUACGAAGAUCCGCCGCCUACACCGUUUUUCGACGCGGAGGAGCUGACCAAGUGGUCUUUAUACAGAGCAGUCAUCGCCGAGUUCGUAGCCACUCUCCUCUUCUUAUACGUCACCGUUUUGACUGUCAUCGGUUACAAGAUUCAGUCCGACACUAAGGCCGGCGGCGACGACUGCGGCGGUGUUGGAAUCCUCGGUAUUUCCUGGGCUUUCGGCGGCAUGAUCUUCAUCCUUGUCUACUGCACCGCCGGUAUCUCAGGUGGUCACAUAAACCCGGCGGUGACGUUCGGCUUGUUCUUGGCGAGGAAGGUAUCGCUGGUUAGAGCGGUGCUUUACAUGGUGGCCCAGUGUUUGGGUGCGAUUUGUGGAGUUGGGUUCGUGAAGGCCUUUCAAAGCUCUUACUACGUCCGUUACGGCGGAGGAGCAAACUCUCUAGCCGACGGAUAUAGCACAGGGACCGGACUCGCCGCAGAGAUCAUCGGAACAUUCGUUCUCGUCUACACCGUCUUCUCCGCCACUGAUCCCAAAAGAAACGCACGAGACUCCCACGUUCCUGUUCUGGCGCCACUUCCGAUUGGCUUUGCUGUGUUCAUGGUACACUUAGCCACUAUUCCGAUCACCGGAACCGGAAUUAACCCGGCAAGGAGUUUCGGAGCUGCCGUUAUCUUCAACGAGUCCAAGCCGUGGGAUGACCACUGGAUAUUCUGGGUGGGACCAUUCAUCGGAGCUGCGAUUGCUGCGUUUUAUCACCAAUUCGUUCUAAGGGCCUCAGGUUCUAAGUCCCUCGGAUCCUUCAGAAGUGCAGCCAACGUUUGAGUUUAGCCAAAGUAACAACAAUUAAAAAAUGGUUGUUGUUAUUGUUGUUAUGUAUGUACAAAAUUGGCAACUUGGGUUUGCUCUGUUUUCUUCUCUCUGUCUUUUCUUAAUUUCUGGUUCGUUGUGAUGUAAUACUUUGAUAUGUGAAUGUUUGUGUACCUGGGAAAAAACAAUCCAUGAAAUCAAAUUGUUUUUGCCUCCUUUUAUUAUUAUCAUCAAUAUUUCUCACAAAUAAAAUGUCGGAAGUACCACAAAUUUCAUCUGAA